AUGGCAGGACAGGAGGAUUGGAGGAAGAUGGCAGGCACGCACAAGAUGAGACCGGAGGACGUGAAGGCGGCAAGGGUGGAAGCGUCGAAGAGGCCGCCUGGGCAGAGACCAGGGGAAGUACUGCACCAGCGACGUAGCCUACCUUAUUCCCCAGCGAAGAUGGCCGUUGUCGGGUUCUUUAUCGCUACAGGUAUCGCUUAUGUUACCUUAUACAUUAAGAAGAAGCGUGAUGCAACCGCAGUCGAUGUUGCCAAAGUCACUGUCGGUGUAGCCAAGCCUGAGGACACCCAUCCUCGGAAGUAGCU